CGCCUGCGCUUGCUCCUUAGCCUUACUUGAAAUCAAGAAUCGAGAGUUGAGCUUAGAGGAUCUGUCAAUUUUCAUUCAUUAAGCAAUAAUAACGCGCUGUGUUUGCAUCUAAACAAAUUAAAGAUACAAGUUUAGGUUUUUUAAAAUCGAAUCGAAUUAAAUAACAUUUUAAAAUAAAAUCGUGCUUUCAUUGAUAUUGACUUUCUAUUUUCAAAAGUUAAAUUUUAAUUGUAAUUAAAAUGUCAAAAAAAAUUAUCUUCGUUUUAGCAUUUUUAUGCGUCUUUUCUGUGAUUUAUGCUUGCAAUGAAGCUAUUUGUGCCAGUGUUGUUUCUAAGUGUAUGCUCACACAAUCCUGCAAAUGUGACUUAAAAGACUGCUCCUGUUGCAAAGAUUGUUUUAACUGUCUCAGUUAUUUAUACAGCGAAUGUUGUAGUUGUGUUGAUAUGUGCCCUAAACCAAACGAUACACAUACGGAACUCUCAAAGUCUUUCUACGUUGAGGAGAUGCCGGAUAGUGUUCCAGGACUGUUUGCUGCAUUAACUAGUGCUCCUGACCAAGAGCAAAGGUGGCUAUCAAUAACAUACCCUGUGGAUAUUGAUGUGUCUGCUUAUAGACCCACUCCUGAAAGACAACUGGUGUAUCAUAUGCAGAGCGUCGAGCAAGAAUCGGAACCAGUGAGUCGUGACAUAGUUACCUUCAACUGUACAGUCGCGUACAUGUCGCAGUGCAUGUCCUGCGACAAGUGUCGGGCGUCUUGUCGAUCGAUGGGCGCUAAUAGCUUCAGAUGGUUCCACGACGGCUGUUGCGAGUGCGUCGGCGAUAAGUGUCUAUACUACGGCAUCAAUGAGAGCAGAUGUCUCGCGUGUCCGGGAGGGAAGGAAAGCUCGGAGGGCGCUAUAGACGACGACCUCUCGUAUGACGAUUUGGAUUAUGGCGAAGAAGUCGACGCUCAGUCUGUAUAAAUGUAUUUAAUUUAUUUCAAUAAAUAUGUGUACAAUAGAAUAACUUUAAAAAUCAUAAUAAUAAAAUCACAUUUUCAUAUAGAAUAAAAAGUAUUAAAAUAUUCAUUAUUGUAAGAAAAUUUCCAAAAAAUUCGACAAUUUUAGCACGUGAUGCAUUUUUUUAAAUUAUAUACUGUUCACGUUCUAUUGAAAUGAAAUAUACAUUUAACCAUGGCAUAUGACAUUUGUUCUACUGUUGUCAUAAAAUGUUACAUAAUAGACAUUUGUAUCUCAUCUUAGUGUUUCUCUUUGAUCAUACAGUUAAGCCUCGAUUGUCCAGAAUGUGUAUCAGAUAUUUAAUAAAAUUGUGUUGAUACUGCCUUUUGACAUUAUUCUAGCACAGUGGUGGACUAAGCCCGUCAGAGGCCCGGGGCGGCAAAGCUGAGUGAUUAAUCUUGAUGAAAUGAUGUAGGUACUAAGCACACUUUUCAUGUGUUGUUUAGGAUUUGAUCAAAGGAACUCGGAUACAUUUGGGGCCUCUCCAAGACUCGAGGCCCGGGGCGAGCCGCCACUUCCGCCGCCACUUUAGUCCGCCACUGUUCUAACAUAAACAUAUUUGCUUAAAAGUUAAUAAACUAUAAAUUAGGAUGUCGAUGUAAGGAAUAAUAAAUUUGAAGUAGAACUG